GACUCUUAGCACGCGGAAGCGCGCUUAUCAGAGUGAGUCGGAGCGCGCAGGGUUUUGUCCAGACUGACGGCAUGGAUCAGCGGGUGUUCUGGGUGUUUGCCUCCGCAGUGUGCCUCCUCUCCCUCACCCUGCACUCUUCGUCCGGGCAGACCUACCCGCUGACUGAUGAUGGGGGUCUGGGCAGAGUGUUUGACGGGAUCGGAGGGUUGAGCGGUGGAGGGGCCACAUCCCGGUUACUUGUGAACUAUGCUGAGCCGUACCGGAGCCAGAUCCUGGACUACCUGUUUAAGCCAAACUUUGGAGCCUCUUUGCACAUUCUGAAGGUGGAGAUCGGAGGAGAUGCUCAGACUACAGAUGGAACGGAGGCUUCACACAUGCACUACGAGAACGACGAGAACUACUUCAGAGGCUACGAGUGGUGGCUGAUGAAGGAGGCCAAGAAGAGGAACCCGAACAUAACGCUAAUAGCGUUACCCUGGGCGUUCCCCGGCUGGGUCGGCCGUGGGAAGAACUGGCCUUAUGACUUCCCAGAUGUUACUGCAGCGUACGUGGUGAACUGGGUCAUAGGAGCCAAGAAAUACCACGACUUGGACAUUCAGUAUAUUGGGAUUUGGAAUGAGCGGACGUUCGACUCAAAGUACAUCAAGCUGCUGCGGUACACUCUGGACAAGACUGGUUUGGAGUCGGUUCGGAUCGUAGCCAGCGAUAACCUGUGGGAGCCCAUUACCGUGUCGCUGAUGCUCGACCCAGAGCUCAGCAGCGCCGUAGACGUGAUAGGGGCUCACUACCCAGGAACUACCACAGUGCCGCAGGCCUUGACCACAAAGAAAAAGCUGUGGUCAUCAGAGGACUACAGCACCUUCAACAAUGAGGUGGGAGGAGGCUGCUGGGCGCGGAUCCUCAACCAGAACUACGUCAAUGGACAAAUGACUGCAACCAUCUCCUGGAACCUGGUGGCCAGUUAUUACGAGGAGCUGCCGUUCGGCAGAGACGGGCUGAUGACAGCUCAGGAACCUUGGAGUGGAAACUACGUGGUGGAGUCUCCGAUCUGGAUCACAGCCCACAGCACACAGUUCACUCAGCCUGGAUGGACAUACCUGCAGACUGUUGGACACUUUGCUCAGGGAGGAAGUUAUGUGGCCCUGACAGACGGGCAUGGAAACCUGACUGUUGUCAUAGAAACCAUGACUCAUGAUCACUCCAUCUGCAUCAGACCUCCUCUCCCUCCCUUCAAUGUCACGUCCCAGAAUGCAACAUUUCAGCUGAAAGGGUCCUUUGCCUCCAUCAAAGAGCUGCAGGUGUGGAGGUCGCACUUUGACUUCAAGGCGAAGAACCACUCACUGUUCGAGAAGCUGCCUCCUGUGAAGCUUGUAGAUGGAUCAUUUACUCUGAAUCUGGCUGAAGAUGAAGUUUAUACUCUGACCACCAUCCGGACUGGACAGAAAGGAAGCUUCCCUGAGCCGCCACCUUCAGCCCGCUUCCCUAAAGCCUACAAGGACAACUUUGAUAUUCGAAACCCUCCGUUUUCUGAGGCCCCUAACUUCGCCGACCAAACCGGUGUGUUUGAGUACUACAUUAACCUGACUGACCCCGGACCACAUGCCUUCACACUACGGCAGGUGGUGAUGGAAAGACCGAUCACCUGGGCAACGGACGCCGAUCAAACCAUCACUGUCAUCGGAGACUACCAGUGGCAGGACAUGGUGGUUACCUGCGAUGUAUUUAUGGAGAACGUAAAAAGCGGCGGUGUGUUCGUGGCAGCCCGGGUGGAUAAAGGAGGCCAGUCAGUACGCAGCGCUAUGGGAGUCUUCUUCUGGGUGUUUGCCGAUGGAUCGUACAAGGUUACCAAUGAUCUGGCUGGACAGUCGGUGCUGGCAGAGGGACUGUCAGGAACCAGACCUUUUGAUUGGCACAACUUGUCCCUUUCUGUAAAGGGUCAGAGCGCCUCCGGAAUGGUGGACGGACGGCAGCUGUGGAAAGUCACUGGAGUUUCUUCACCGAAGAACGGCUGGGCAGCAAUCGGAACGCACUCGUUUGAACUGGCUCAGUUUGAUAACUUUAAUGUGUUGGCAGAAUAAAGAUGGAAUAGGGAAAUUAUUCUUUCUUGAUUUAAAAAAACUUUGGAAACUUGAUUGAUUUUUGCACAAAUGAAGAGAACAGGAUGUAUGUAAUGAUGGAAAGUACACUGGAGCUCUGAGCUCUACUGCUUAAUUAAUUUUGCACUGCUUUUGUUUUUGAUUUUUAUGUUUUUUCACGUUCAAGGGAACACAAAGACCACACUAUGAGCUUUUUAAGGAACAUUUUGUCUGAACUGCCUCACCAUGAAUUAUGAUUCAAAAUGAAUGUGAUGAAUCCAUUUCAUUCUGGAGGAGUACCCCAUUAAAUGUUACUGUUGGUGUUUUUAUUAGACUUUUGCCUGAAUUUGUUUAUUAAAUAUUUUUACCUGUAAUGUUGUGAUUAGACAAUUAAAAAUAAUCUGUAUUUCUAACAUUUUAUUUGACUUUUAUUUCCAUUUAGGCUAUACAACUUAAGUUACAACAUGUUCUUUCCUCUUCAGCUUCAUUUUAUCUAUUAAAAUCCAUCCAGUUCUGCUUGGACACCCCUGGGAAAGAUGUUAUUCAAGGCAGUUGUUUUUGCUAUAUAUUUCUGCUAAUAAUGAUGUACUGUAAAAAAAAAAAAAAAAAAAAGUAAAUGUAUUGUUGCCCAAUAAAGUCUAAUCUGGCAUUUAUUGGUGUACAGAG